UUGCAAAACAUUGUUUUUCCAAUCGAUCUAACAUUAGAUCUGUAGAAUCGUCUUAUCCAGUCCGAGAUGUCAACGAGAAAUCAAACAAUGAUUCAGAACAAUUUUUCAUCGGUAUGGUGAAGAGUGUCAACAACGACAAGUCAUGGAUGUCUACCACCUGUCUGUCACCUCAAGUUGCAACAAAAUGCAAUUCCAUGCGUUGAUCAUCCCAGAAAAGUUCCAUUUGGUUUAAAAAAUAAAUUAAAAGAAGAAUUGGAUCGCAUGUCAAAAUUAAAAGUUAUAGAAAAAGUCACACAUCCAACCGAAUGGGUAAAUUCUGUAGUCGUCACUGUUAAGAAAUCAGGUCAGUUAAGAAUUUGUCUAGAUCCGAGAAAUCUUAAUAGAUAUAUAGUCAGAGAACGCUAUCCUCUUAAAAGCAUAGAUGAAAUUAGGUCAAUAUUAAAUGGUGCUUCAUAUUUUUCUCAUCUUGAUGCUUAUUCAGGGUUUUGGAUGUUAAAACUUGAUGAUGCUAGUUCAGAUCUUUGCACUUUUCAAACUCCUUUUGGUCGUUAUCGAUACUUAAGAUUACCUUAUGGUAUUAAUGCUUCCUCAGAAAUUUUUCAAAGAGUUAUGUCAGAUAUUUUUUCUGAUAUAGAAGGUGUUUUGAUUUUUGUAGAUGAUAUUUUAGUAUUUGGUGAAACAGAACAAAUUCAUAAUCAAAGAUUAUUAAAAGUCAUGCAAAGGGCUAGAGAGGUUAAUUUAAAGUUCAAUAAAAAUAAAUGCAAAUUUUCAGUCAAUGAAAUAUGUUUUUUAGGUUAUAUAUUUAGUAAAGAAGGUGCAAAAGUUGAUCAAAAUAAAGUUAAAGCUAUUCUUGAUAUGCCAGAUCCAACUAAUGUCAAAGAAUUACAGAGAAUAUUAGGAAUGAUUAAUUACUUAGGACCUUUUAUUGAAAAUUUGUCAGAUAAAACAAAAAUUCUCAGAAAUCUGUUAAAAAAGAAUACUAUAUGGUUAUGGGAUGAAAAUUGUAGUCAAUGUCUUCAGUCAUUAAAGGAGGAAAUAACGAAAUCUCCUAUCUUAGUACAUUACAAUCCGAAUAUACCACUUAUUUUGUCAGUAGAUUCAUCAAAGUCAGCAUUAGGCGCAGUUCUCAUGCAAAAUAAACAACCUAUUGCUUAUAGUUCUAAAACUUUAACAGCUACACAAGAAAGAUAUGCUCAAAUUGAAAAAGAGUUAUUGGCUAUUCAAUUUGGUUGUGAAAAAUUUCAUCAAUAUGUAUAUGGUAAUAAGGUAACCGUACAUACUGAUCAUAAACCGCUAGUCUAUUUGUUUAAAAAACCAUUAAAUGAUGUACCAGCAAGGUUACAAAGAAUGAUGCUUUCAUUGCAAGCUUAUGAUUUAAAUGUUAUUUAUGUACCUGGUAAAGAGAUGUAUAUUUCAGACACACUUUCUAGAGCAGCUUUAAAAGAAAAUUUUAUUCCUAAAUAUGAGUCAGAUUUAUCUUUUCAUGUUAAUUCUUUAUAUUCUAAUUUAGCUAUUAGUCAGGAAUAUAAAAAUAAAAUUUUAAUAGCUACUAAUUCAGAUAAAGACUUGCAAAAAUUAAAAAAAUAUUGUCUAGAGGGAUGGCCUGUCAGUAAAAAUAAAAUGGAUCCUUUAUUAAAGUAUUAUUGGAAUAUUCAAGGUGAAAUACACAUUAUUAAUGAUUUAUUGUUUAAAGGUGAUAAGUUAAUUAUUCCAAAGUCAAUGCAAAGUGAAAUGUUAAGAAAAGUCCAUGAAGGUCAUCAGGGUAUUAACAAAUCUUUAAAUUUAGCUAGAAGUAUUAUUUUUUGGCCAAAUAUGAGCGCAGAUAUAAAAAAUUUAGUUGAUCAAUGUCUUAUUUGUGCUAAAUUCAAACCAAAUAAUCAACAAGAACCUCUUCAAAGCUAUGAUAUUACAAAAUUCCCAUGGCAGCAAGUCGGUAUUGAUUUAAUGUAUUUUAAUAACAAAAAUUACUUAGUAGUUACUGAUUAUUAUUCCAAAUUUAUAGAGUUAGCAAUUUUAAACAGUCAAUACACAGCAUCUAAUAUAAUAAUACAAUUAAAGUCUAUCUUUGCUCGUCACGGUAUACCCAUGAAAUUAGUGUCUGACGGUGGACCUCGGUUUAAUUCUGCUGAAUUUAAAUCUUUUCUAUAUUCUUGGGAUAUUGAACAUAUUAUGACUAGUCCAUAUCACCCGAAGUCUAAUGGUCAAGCUGAAAGUUCUGUUAAAAUUAUGAAAAAUUUAUUAAAAAAAUGUUUAGAGUCAAAUACAGAUCCUUACAUGGCAUUGUUACAAUAUAGGAACACACCUAAAGCUAAUUUUCCAUCGCCAGCUCAAUUAUUAAUGUCUAGAAAUUUAAGAAUGCAUAUACCAAUUACUAAUAAGAAACUUAAACCAAAAAUUGUUACUUUCAAUGAAUAUAAAAAUAAUUUUGAGAAAAAUCGUGCUCGGAGUAAAAUUUACUAUGAUAGAAAUAAGAAACAAUUACCAUUAUUACAGCCAGGAGAUUAUAUAACUUUUAAAAAAAUGCCUAACUCAGAUUGGCUUCCUGGAAAAGUCAUUAAAAGAUUAGAUUGUCAACGUUCAUAUAUAAUAGAAGACGCUGAAGGUAAAAGAUAUAGAAGGAAUAGAUUUUUAAUUAAAUUUAAUUGUAAUGAUAGUUGUCAUAAGUUUGAUGAGAUGCAAUCCAACAAUUCUGAGGAAAGGGAUAGUCAGCAGAGGAACAGGCAGAUGGAUACUAAUAAUAAAGAAUUAGAUAAGAAUAUUAAUUUCCAGGAGAACUGUAAUAAAAGUAGAUCAGGUAGAGUAAUUAAGAAACCAGUUAAGUUGAAUUUGUAA